CUUUCACCUGCAUGCCUCAGUCAGUUCUCGAUUCCAACAAUGGACUCACCUUCAUAACUCCUUUGUGUCCUACCGCCGCUUCGCUAAAAUGUGGUGGGUGGUGUGGCUGCUCCCCGCGGCAGUGAUGGCGGAAGGCCUGAUCCUGGUGAAGCACUGCGGGGAGAUCACCUGCGACAGGUACCAGUACUGCUCGGACAACACGUGCCGCAACUGUUCCUUCCCAUGCACCCCGUCCAUCGGCAACAAGUCCGGCCAGGGCUCUAAUUUCGACCGCGAGCUCUGCGAGAAGCAAUGUCAAGAUUACAUCCAUGAUGUUGUUAAACAUUACGUCACUUACGAUGAAGGAAAGGAUAUGCAGAAAGAAGUUCGAGAAGAAAUGCUCGGUUCCAUCGAGGGCCUGAGGGCGAUGGUUGCCCUCUCCCUCACCCUCAGCCUCUUGGUCGGAGUGGCCAUGCUCACCUGCCUUGGCUUCGCUUGGCUCAAGUACCGGAGGCUCUGCAAGGCAUCUACCAGGGAGAAGGACAUGAUGGAAAAGAAGAUCUCUACCGUGUCGGGUAUCGUAAACAACAACAAGGAUUGUGGAGGUAACGGGAUCCGGCCGAUGGACCUGCCGCCCGCUUCGACCGCGGGAGCGCCGAGCGUGGUGACGACAACGACCCCCAUCUCGACCCGUCACCCGAGCGAGGACGCCACCCUGGAGUACGCGGCCUACGACAACCCCGGGAUGACCCCCAGCCCAGUCCUGGCCGAGAACAGGGGCGAGACCAGCUUCUGACAGCCACCUCCCAGGGGUCUUCCGCGGCUGGCCUGUUGAGCUUCGGGUCGAUCUCACUCCUUUGUAAUCCUUUGGUGUCUCUUGAUGACAUCUCAACCGUUUUGUUACAAUUGACUGAUCUAUUGUGUCCCACCAAUAGAACUCUUUGUAACAAAUUGUUGCCAUUCUGUGUGAAAAGACUUUGUGACAAUAGACUUUCCUGUUACACAAACAGAUCUGUUUAGAAAUUAGUAAAUUUAUAUUAUUCGUUUAAAAUUAAAGUCUUUCAUAUUUUAUUCUGUGUUAUGUGAAUUAUCAGUUAUAAGGAUGCCUCAACUGGCAUUGUUUCUAGAUCAUUAUUUAUUUUUAUAAAAUUUUGUAGUAACUAAAGAAUGUUUUGCUAAUAUGCCCAACCAAUAUAACAUAAAUUCCUUCAUUUGAGAAUUCGAAAUAGGUCUUUUGGAUUCUUACUUAUUCUUAAACAAAUAUACGUGAAAACUAAUUUUCAAACUUCAUUGUGCGGACUGAUUUUAUUGAUAAAGACAUGAUUUAGAAUUUAAACUGAUAAUUUAUGUGCUCAAUUGUAAUUAUAUAUAUGUAUAUUAAUUCUAUUGUUAUUUAAUAAGGAAAUGUAUGUUCUUCUAAGAUCUAAUAUAUAUAAAUAUUUUGAUCUUUAUUUACUUAUCAGGUAUCCAUGUAAUUUGUUAGACUGUAAACAACAAGUAGACAAAUUAA